AUGCCGUCCGCACCUCUCCCCGGUCGACUGGUGAACUACAGCAGCCCGCUGUACAUGUAUCACCACCUCAUGAAGAACUCGACGACCAAGGCGCCACAGCUGUACACGGCCAAGGACAACAGCAAAACGGCGAUGCACCUCAUCACGCGUCGCGCCCCCAACGCAAACUAUACGGUGAAUCGGUGGUACCUGAAGGAAAAGGUCGACUCCAGCAACCGCAUGCGCCUCGAGGGGCUGUACGAGUGUGUGCUCUGCGCCUCUUGCACCGGUUCCUGCCCGCAGUACUGGUGGAACCGCGAACACUUCUUAGGUCCCGCUGUGCUUCUGCAGUCGUACCGCUGGCUCGUCGAGCCCCUCGACCGUGACUUUGACGAGCGUGUGCGCCUGUUCGAGACGGGUAGCCUGGUGAACAUGUGCCACAACAUCUUCAACUGCACCAUCACAUGCCCCAAGUUCCUCAACCCUGGCCUGGCAUCGAAGGAGAUCAAGCGCUUGUCGUCGCCAUCGACGAAGCGCGUUGGACCAGCAAUCGAGAUGAAGCCUAUCAAGAACUGA